UAAAAUAAAUAAGUAAUGAAAGGAAAAAGAUUAAAAAAGUUUAAAACUUCGAUCAUGUCAGCGGAGUAUGACAGUCAUACAAAGAAACGGGUGCUUCCGCCUUGGAUGAAAUUGUGCGAGACGGCAACAAAAGAGGGACAAGAUGAGUCUCAAUUUAAAAAGUCUCGCGAAACUCGCAUUCAGGAGGCUGCAGGGAGCUUUGAUAAAAUUCUUAAUGAUUCUCUCAGGGAAAUGCAUUUUAGUGGCUCACUGAUUUACUCCCACCACAAAUCUGACUGUAACCUUUUGUGUGAGGAGUUGAACACAACACUCACAGAUGUGGAUGGGCCGUCGUUUGUGGGGUUUGAUAUGGAAUGGCCGGUGUCGUAUAGACCAGGUAGACAAGAGAAGACAGCAGUGUUACAGCUGUGUACCUCAGCAGACAAGUGCUACAUUUUUCACUUAUCAUGCAUUGGAGGCAUUCCCCCAGUGCUUGGACAACUUCUUUCAAGUCCUAGGGUCAGAAAGGUUGGGGUUGGAAUACAAUCAGACUUCUGGAAGCUAGAGCGGGAUUACGGACUAUCAGUGGCACCCAUUCUGAAGUCCUGUGUAGUGGAUCUUAGUCUAUAUGCUAAUCAAGUGCUUGGGUCAAAGGAAACAUGGAGUUUGGAUGGGCUUGUGAAGCAUUUAUUCCAAAGGAAAAUUAACAAGAAUCCAAUUGUUCGAAAAAGUGACUGGUCCGAGUUUCCUUUGACGGAUAUACAAAAGAGCUACGCAGCCACGGAUGCUUAUGUGUCCUAUCUUAUUUAUGAGAAAUUAAACAAAAUGGAUGGCAAUUCUGGCAAAUCAAAUAAAGACUAAUCCAUUUUUCCAGAAAGUGA